AUCCCUAAAGAUUAUCCAGAAUGUUCUAGCAUCUUCUUUCUUUCCUCUUUACACUCACACAAAACAACCCUUAUAACAACAAGUCAACAACACUCCUCACUAUCGCCACUUCACAAAAUUCUUCAUUAAAUUCUUUCACAGACAAACAAAAAACACAGUCAAAUCAAAAUGUUUGGAGUAGUUUUCCCAAACCGUAGUUUCCCAAUGGAUAUCUCAACCUUCGCUCAAAUCGACACUUUCCAUUGGAUUCUCGACAUGAACACAUUCGUCGGUGAAGCAUACGAUCAAGUCACCGAAAUCUGCAUCUUCCUUCUCAACAACUUCACUCUCCCACCGGACAAAGCACUCGCCGUCUACGUCCAAUCACCUGGUUCACCGUUCGUCUUCUGCGGCGCCGUUACUAUUUCCCGUCCUUCUGCUGUGUUAUCACUUUUAUGGCCGGAGAUUGGUUCUGGUAAUGUACAGCCACAAUUGACGGCGGAUGCUCAACCGUUAUCGGCGAAAAUUGGUGUUUCGGUUGAGGAUCUGGCGACUUUGCCGUCUCUGGAUGUUGCUGGUGAAAAGAGGAUUGAAAGGUUAGCGAUGAAAGUUGGUGAGAAUUUGUUUAAUUUUAUGCAAUCAUUUUGUGGUGUUGAUGGUUCGAAAUUGAUUGUUCCGAUGGAUAUUUUGGAUCGGUGGUUUAAGAAGUUUCAAGAAAGGGCUAAACGUGAUCCUGAAUACUUGAAGGGUUUUGCUUUGUAAGUUUUUGUUUUUAAUUUAGGUUAAAUUUUGUACUAGUUUAAAUGUUGAAAAAAAUUGAAAUUAUGAUAGGGAAUAGAAAGUGGUGGUUGUUGUGUUAAUGUGAUUUUAAUUUAGAUGUGUUUUAUGGAGAAAAUCAAGGUUCAAUUCGAAUUCAUGGUGUUGUACUAUUUAUGUACUGAAUAUAAUUGGAAGAGUUUUUUUGUGUAGGUAAUGAAAAUGUAGGUUUUUA